ACGAAUAUUGCGGUGCUGGCUUUCGUACUUUUCCAAAUCUUUCGAGAAGUGGACCGCCACCUCCAUUUAGUUGACAUGUAAUAAUGAAGAAAAGAUCAUUCUUGUCCCUUACGUGUCCAAAUCUCACCCACACCGAAAGAAGAAGACGAUUCGAACUUCGCAAUGAUAAAGGGACUUAACAUUUGACCACGUUUCUUUUUGUCCCAAGGUUGCAUAUAAACUCUCUCACACUGACCACAACCGCUCACUUCUCACCCUAUGGAUCCAACUGAAUCUCACCCACUCAGAUUCCGCCACGUGGUGGCCAUGCCUUGGCCCGGAAGAGGCCACAUCAACCCGAUGAUGAACCUCUGCAAACGCCUCGUCCUCCGCGACCCCAACCUCACCGUCACCUUCGUCGUCACCGAAGAAUGGCUCGGGCUCAUCGGAUCCGACCCGAUACCCGACCGGAUCCACUUCGCCACUCUCCCCAAUCUCAUCCCUUCCGAGCUCGUCCGCGCCAACGACUUCAUCGGCUUCGUCAACGCCGUCCACGCCACGCUGGAGGACCCGUUCGAACAGCUUCUUGACCGCCUCGACUCGCCGCCUCCGACGGCGAUCAUCGCCGACACUUACGUCCUAUGGGCGGUGCGUGUCGGAGAACGGAGGAAUAUUCCGGUGGCUUCUCUCUGGACCAUGUCCGCCACGAUUCUCUCCCUCUUCCUUCACUCCGACCUGCUCAUAAGUCACGGACAUGCUCUGUUCCAACCUUCAGAAUCAAAAGAAGAGGAGAUCGUUGACUACAUCCCCGGUUUACCUCCGACGAAGCUCCGGGAUCUACCGCCGUUAUUCAAGGACUACCAAGUCUUCAAGAAAUGCGAGUUGUGUUUCGACGAGCUCCGGAGAGCUAACUGUCUUCUCUUCACUACCGCAAAUGAUCUCGAACCUACAGCCAUAGACUUCUUAACCGCCAAGCUCGAUAUCCCGGUUUACGCUACCGGCCCAUUAAUACCCUUUGAGAAACUCUCCGACGGCAGCGAACCGGAUUACAUCCGGUGGCUUGACGAGCAACCGGAAAGCUCUGUUCUAUACGUUUCGCAAGGGAGUUUUCUCUCGGUUUCUGAAGCUCAGAUGGAUGAGAUAGUGGCAGGAGUCAAGGAGAGCGGAGUCCGGUUCCUUUGGGUGGCUCGUGGGGGCGAGUCGAAGCUGAAUAAGGCCUUUGAAGGAAGCUCGGGUGUAGUGGUGAGCUGGUGCGACCAGCUUCGCGUGCUGUGCCACGUGGCUGUAGGUGGGUUUUGGAGUCAUUGCGGGUUUAACACAACUUAGAUGAAGAAGAAACAUCAAGUUAUAACUUAGAUUACGAGGCUAGACAAAAUAUACCUUUCCAGGUCCCAGUUCAUAACUGCUCUUAAGUCCUUUGGAUAAGAGCGUCUUUAGUCUUUACUGUCGUCUCCCAUUGGAUUUUCCAUUUUGUUUAGUACAUAACUCCUUCACAACUUUUAAAUAACGAAACUAAGACAUUUUAUUUUUAGUCAAAUUCUAAUUUUGUAAUAGUUUGUCCAACAGAGUGAAAAUUGUUUUCACCGAGCGGAUUAAGAUUUUUUUUAGAGUGGGUUAGAAAAUAAAAAAGUUGUCCAAACGCAAAUUCGUAAAAUGAUUGAUCCAGCGAUUCUCUAGAAUAUAUUGGAUUGUGGGAACAAAGGCGGAUUUUGUUAUUUUCCUUGGUGACUACGUUAUUUUUUUGGUUGUGAAAUAGAAAAAGGAAACUGAAACUUGCAAAAAAGGAAAUUGGAAGUUGUCGACUUCCUUUGGAAGAAAAACUCUUUAUCAUGACUUGCUUUUGGCGGAGAACAACAGACGCGACAAGAUUGUUAAAGCAUAUUAUAUUCGUGCGUGGAGAUGGGGGAAACAGCCUUCUCCUGUGACUGUGAGUGAUAAUAUUAACGCUAAAAUAGCUCUUCAACUCGAAAACUUUGUUAGAAGGAAUGUUUCUAAAACCCAAAGCAUUCAUGUACCUGCUGCUGCUCAACUCAUGCCCAACAAGACCAUCAUCGCCUAGUUCUGCUCCUGUUUCCACUACCCCAUCUUCUUUAAUCUGUGAAUCAAGUUCUCUUUAUUGAUUUUGUAGAGAAUUAUGUAUAUUGACUUUUUGUUUUAAAACUAUUCGAGAACUUAUGCUUCUG